GGAAGGCGGCCGGGACCGGGGCUCCCCCCCCCGCCCGCCAUGGCGCUGCUGCGGGCCGGGCUCUGCCCCGGCCUCACGGCGGAGAUGGUGCCGCUGCUCCGGGCCAGCGGCCUCCGCACGGUGGUGGACUUCGUGUCGUCAGACCUGGAGGAAGUUGCGCAGAAGUGUUCCCUCUCUUACAAGGCCCUGGUUGCUGUGAGACGUGUGCUCCUGGCCCAGUUCUCAGCCUUCCCUGCCAAUGGAGCAGACCUCUAUGAGGAGCUCAAAAGCUCCACAGCCAUCUUGUCCACGGGGAUCGCCAGCUUGGACAAGCUGCUGGACUCUGGGCUGUACACGGGGGAAGUGACAGAGCUCAUGGGAGUGCCUGGCAGUGGGAAGACACAGGUGUGCCUCAGCAUUGCAGCCAGCGUGUCUCUCUGCCUCAAGCAGCACGUCCUGUUUCUCGACUCCACGGGGGGAUUCACAGCCUCCCGCCUCUACCAGAUGCUUCAAGCCCAGCCAGAGGACGAGGAAGAACAGCUGGAGGCUCUGCAGCGGGUGCAGGUGGUCCGAGUGUUUGAUGUCUACGAAAUGCUGAGAGCCUUGCAGGAGCUCCGGGACAGCCUCUCGCAGCAGGUCCUGAGCUCCACGGGACCUCUCAAGGUCGUGCUGAUUGACUCCGUUUCGGCUGUGAUUUACCCGCUGCUGGGAGGCAAGCAGUCGGAGGGCUUGGCCCUCAUGAUGCAGCUGGCCAGGGAGCUGAAGAUGCUGGCCAGGGAGUUCAGCCUUGCAGUUGUGGUGACUAACCAGGUGACGAGGGACAGCAGCGCUGGCCCCCUGAAGCCAGCGCUUGGCCGCUCCUGGAGCUUUGUGCCCAGCACCCGGGUGCUGCUGGAGAGCAAAGAGACGACCUGGGAGAAGGCCAACAUGCAGCGCAUUGCCUCCCUGGCAAAAUCACCUCGGCAGGCAAUGGAGUGAUGUACAGCUUUGCCCUUAGACUUCCAGCAGCAUGAGGUUAAAUUCCUCUGAUUCCCUUUGCAGCCAACAGGGCUCCAGGUGGAGCUGGAUAUUGGAAACAGUGAUGUGCAGGAGCUGAGCCCAGCAACACCCACGCAGGGGCUCUGAUGCAGGUGGAAAAACAAAUGUCAAGGUUCAAGAUAGCCACAAAAGAGUGUGCAAACAUGCUAAAGGUUUCACAGACUGACUCCGUGACCUGGCUGAGGUGAGGCAAAAGUCCUGCUGUCCUGGAAGGACCAAGGGGAAGAAGCUCUUGUUCUUCUGUGCUGGGGAGAAAACGACUGUGGGGUUCCCAGAUGCCCUUGCCCCAGCACAUACAGCCUGCGGUGCCUGGGCUUGGUGGGCAGUGUUGCAGGUGAGCCUGCUGCUGCAGGCUUGUCUCAGAUCAUCAGAGAUGGCCCUAAGGUGUUGGCAUGGGACCAGCUGGCAUUUCAGUGUGCAAACCUGAGACUCCUCAUGGUGCUUUUGUUCCCUCCAUAACUUGCUACUGUCUGGUCUCAGAGCCCUGAUUUUACCUGGGCAUCCCAUAGUGGUCCUGGAUAGGGGGGGAAAAAAUUGUAUGCUGUUGUCAAGAGCUGGAAUUCAAUUAAUGGCCUCUACUGUUAUGUUAAUUAAAAUUUUAAAGGGC